UCCGUAUCCGAUAGCGUAUCACCUGUUCAAAGCAAAUCUGCAAACCCGGGACACGAUUUGUAACAAAGUUCAUCAAACCCAGAUGCAAGCAAAGUAAACAGCGCAAAGUGAGCAGGGCUGUGUUUUGAAAGAGAAUUCUAACCCUGUUUACCCACCAAUCUCUGUAUCCAGUCUUUUCAAUUACUGUAGGAUCAUAUAUAAAUAGUAAAAUGCACCGGGCUAAGGUAGUUUUCGGACACCUGACUCAAGGUCCCGCAGCGGCCAGACCGAAUUCAGUGCAGAGGGCUGAAUGCAAGUCUUUCCCCCGAGCGAGUCCGGAUGAUAUUGUCGUGGUGCACGGACUGAGGACCGCGAUUGGGAAAGCGAAAAGAGGAGCUUUUAAGGACACCACACCGGAUGAGCUGCUGAGCUCUGUGAUGAGCGCAGUCCUGAACGACGUCAAGCUGAGUCCAGACAGACUGGGAGACAUCUGUGUGGGAAAUGUGCUGCAGCCUGGAGCUGGGGCCCUCAUGGCGAGAGUGGCUCAGUUUUUAAGUGGGAUCCCCGAGUCUGUGCCGAUAUACACUGUGAACAGAAUGUGCUCUUCAGGGCUGCAGGCUCUGCUCAAUGUUGCAGGUAGCAUAAGAAAUGGUUCUUGUGACAUUGGCCUAGCCUGUGGGGUGGAGAGCAUGUCCCUGCGUUCCGCGGGGAACCCUGGCGAUGUGAGCUCCAGGCUUGUGGAUAACGAGAAGGCCCGGGACUGUCUCAUUCCCAUGGGAAUCACAUCGGAGAACGUGGCAGAGAGGUUUGGCAUUUCCAGGCAGAAACAGGAUGCCUUCGCUGUGUCUUCUCAACAGAAAGCAGGGAAAGCUCAGAAGCUGGGUCUGUUCGUGCAAGAGAUCGUUCCAGUGAGCACCAAGUUUGUGGACAGCGAAGGGAACGAGACGAGAAUAACAGUGACGCAGGAUGAUGGGAUCAGAGCAGGAACGACGCUUGAGGGACUGGCCAAACUCAAACCUGCCUUCAAGGAGAAUGGCAGCACAACUGCAGGUAAUGCCAGCCAGGUGAGCGAUGGCGCGGCGGCUGUGCUGGUGGCCAGGCGCUCUGCGGCUCAGCAUCUGGGUCUGCCAGUGCUGGGGGUGCUGAGAGCCAGCGCUGUGGUGGGGGUGCCCCCUGAUGUCAUGGGAAUCGGGCCAGCCUACGCCAUCCCCAUCGCACUGCAGCAAGCAGGUCUAACAGUGGAUGAUAUUGAUGUAUUUGAAAUUAAUGAGGCUUUUGCCAGUCAGGCCCUGUAUUGUGUGGAGAAGCUGGGGAUCCCUCUGGACAAGCUGAACCCCAGCGGAGGGGCCAUUGCCCUGGGGCACCCCCUGGGCUGCACUGGGGCUCGACAGGUGGUCACGCUGCUCAAUGAGCUCAAACGCAGGGGCAGAAGGGCCUAUGGUGUUGUGUCCAUGUGUAUCGGAACUGGAAUGGGGGCCGCUGCAGUCUUUGAGUACCCAGACCAAUCAAAUCUUCAGAAAGUAUAGUUCAGAGUGCAAUCAAGUUAGCACUAACCAAUAGCACUUUGUAGCAAUGGAGAUCUGAAGAGGGUGUUUGAUAUAAUUGAUUGCAUUGUUAUUGUUUGUCCUUUUGUAACAAUACCAACACUAAUGAGUGAUAAGUUAGAGAAGUAUAAUGGGCAGGUGUCGAGAUUGUUUAGUUACUGGCAAUUUCAUUUCAUUUGCAACUGCAAACAACAAUAACACCAUUUAUAAAUUAUAAAUAAAGUUUAAUGGAUAUUAAAAUCACUUGACAGAAAGAUGACAAGUCACAGCUGAAUUGUAAAGUAUAAAUGUUCAAUUACAAAUCCCUUCAAUUGUAAUACAGUAGUAACAGACAGAGAAGAAUGAAUUCCUCCACUGUAGCCGUCACUGAAAUAGCAGCCUUCAAUCAGGUAGGCACAAGGGUCUGGUUAGUAAUUAGGAUCCCAUUGAAAUUGAACUGCGGUGAAUUCCUCUCUGUUGCAUCAGCAGGUAUCUGUGAGUAAGGAUUCAAAUCUUUCAUCAUGUGAUCCUCUCCCCCUGAUCUCUAAUGUAACUGGCCCUUCACCAAGCAUCCCGUGGACUGUUAGCAUGGCUUUAUAUUCAGUGCUGUCUCUGAAAAACAAAAAGAAGAUUUCAUCAAAACACUCCUGUAACAAUCAGGAGCUAGUGUGCUGUGCUGUGCGUAGAGGCGGCACGUUUUGAAUCCUUAAUCAGUCAUUAGAUUCUGUAGCAGUUCAGGCCAGUUUGGCAUUCUCAAAGCUCUGCAGGGGUAGUGUCCUGCUUAGAUGUUUUUAGUCAUUUGUUUUGCAGAAGAACUAGGAUACCAGCCCAUGUGCCAAGGCAAUAGAAGUGCCCCUGCCCUGAUUCAUUCUCAAACAUUAAGCAAGCCUGUCGGUGAGUACCCU